AUGGGUGGGCUGCUUGCAGCAUUUGCCUUCUCGGCGCUCGUGUCUGAAGGCCCCACGGACGUCGAACGCGUUGCGAGUGGACGGCACGUUCUCAUUGAAUCGAGCGAGGACACGAUCCGAGUCUUGGACCAAGUUAGAGUCGUUAUGGAUUUUUUCAAACAAUCUAGCAAACAAAAGUUGACAUGGAUGUCUGUGAAUUUUUUUUUGUACUAAGUCUGGAUUAUGGCGCAACGGAAUCAGUCAGCGUAAGCUGUCACGUGGUUCGCAAAUGAAUGAAUGAAAGAAUUAUGGCGUCUCUCUACCUCUCUCUAAGAAACGAAUGGUCUUUCUUGCGACGUGUCUUUCCUCUCUCUAAGAAACGAAUGGUCUUUCUUUCGAUGUGUCUUUCCUCUCUCUAAGAACCGAAUGGUCUUUCUUUCGAUGUGCCUUUUCAUCCAAUGCUUCAUGAGCUUCGUGUACGUAGACAUGUGGCUGACGAGUUCGGCGAAUAGGAAGUGUUUCAUGGUUUUCGCUGGCGCCAUUACCAAAGAAUGCGACACUUUCCACUACGCGCUAUAUCUGUUGCUGUUUGUCAUUUAUGGCUACGAAAUUGCCUAACUCUCUGUUUGUCAUUUAUUGCUACAGGGAGACUUUGUUCAGGAAAGUGCUCAAAUUUCUCGUGAUGAUGACCAAGUAAACUUAAAAAACGGGUUAAACACCUCUAAGUGCAUCCGCUUUACGUCUUCAAAUAUUUUGGGAUCUGUGUGCUGUUUUUCUUCGCGAUUUUCGUUCCGGUCUUCUGCAUUGCGCAAAUGAACGUCAUGCUAGUGACCAUACAAGGCUUGGGGAACAUUGCGAAUCACAUUGAGUUAUGACAUCUGCAUAAAUAAAUCUCGAAGAGGUAGAAGUUGCGGGAGUUCAGUCAUGUGCUUUCCUAUACACUCUGAACAGUAGUAGACUCAUGAGUUUGGGAUUUUAUAGCAGGAAUAGCAGCAUUUUCCUUGUCUCUCUCACGGAGGGUUAAGGUGAAUCACGACAGGGACACGCACAUGACAUGGCUACGAUAGUGAAUCAUAGUCGCCCUCUAACAGCGCUUGGCGUGUAUGAAAACCACGACGACUGGGUAUCACAUCAAGUAGGUAAAGGUGGAUGGCGAAGGAAAGCCGCGGCCUUCUUCGUUGAUCCGAAACGAUUUUUGUCUCUACCCAAGGAAAUCAUUCGCCUACGGCUAGCUAAAGGACGUGAAAACUGGAGGUGGUCAGACUUCAAGCACAAGAACGGAAGUAGUACAUCAACGUCUAAUCCUUCUAGAGGAGCACGACAUGAAGACUCGUAUGAGCCAAGCGGUGGGGAUGAGCUCAAGCGGAAAAACACGAUGGACAGGCUAGAGGAAGACGAAGUGGUCAAAAGAAAUAACACUGCUUUAGGUGGAGCAGUGGGAGUUUUGUAGCUGUUUCGCUUCCAAAAAUGAGCUUCAAUUAUUGUACAGUAAGUAUCUGCUCAGGAAGAUAUUAUGAACCAGCUGCACUACCACUGAGUGACUUGUAGUGAUACCAAGCAAAUUGCCCUUGUACAGGAUCAAGCGUAAACUUCGUACAUGGAUGAAAGCAACUUAUUUCGAUGUGUGAAAGUCAAUAUGUUUAUUACCUGAUUACAAGUCGCCGGCCAUGUC